GAAAGCAUUUGCAGCAGCAGCAGAAAGCAAAGAAUCGAAAAUGGAGAAGCAGCAAGGUGGACCCAGAGUGGUGAUCAUUGGAGGCGGCGUCGCUGGUUCUAUGGUCGCUAAAUCGCUUCAAUCCCAUGCCCAUGUCACCCUCAUUGAUCCGAAGGAUUAUUUUGAGAUUACAUGGGCAAGCUUGAGGGCAAUGGUUGAGCCACCCAUUGCGGAGAGGUCGGUGAUCAACCAUAGAGAAUACUUCACCAAUGGCAACAUUAUCACGUCCAGUGCUGUCAAUGUGACAGAAACCGAAGUAUUGACUGCAGAUGGCAGUCAGAUUGGCUAUGAUUAUCUUGUUAUUGCCACUGGCCAUGCAGAUCCUGUCCCCGUAAGUAAGAGUGAAAGGCUGAAUCAGUAUAAAGAAGAAUAUCAGAAGAUAAAAUCUGCUCAUUCUAUUCUGAUUGUUGGAGGAGGUCCCACUGGCGUGGAACUUGCUGGGGAGAUAGCUGUUGAUUUUCCAGAUAAGAAGCUUACACUAGUACAUAAAGGACCAAGGCUGCUGGAAUUCAUAGGGGCUAAAGCUGCUGAUAAGACUCUAAAAUGGUUGAAAUCAAAGAAUGUUGAGGUGAGACUAGAGCAAUCAGUUGACGUUAACACCGUCACAGAUGGACAUUAUCGAACUUCAGCUGGAGACACCAUUAAGGCAGACUGUCACUUCUUAUGCAUAGGGAAACCGCUUGCUUCUGCAUGGCUUAAGGAAACUGUGUUGAAGAAUGACUUGGAUGCUCAGGGAAGGAUUAAGGUAGAUGAGAAUUUGAAAGUCAAGGGCCGGAACAACAUUUUUGCAAUUGGUGAUAUUACAGAUAUUCCAGAAAUGAAGCAAGGGUAUUUGGCAAAGAUGCAGGCUGAAGUGGUUGUGAAGAACUUAAAACUGAUUAUAGGUGGAGCAAAAGAAUGCAGGAUGGGAACUUACAAGCCACAUUCAGGAUUGGCAAUAGUUUCACUUGGGAGGAAUGAUGCGGUGGCACAGUUCCCACUCUUGACAAUCAGUGGAAGAAUUCCUGGCUUGAUCAAAUCUGGAGAUUUGUUUGUUGGUAAAACAAGAAAAGGAUUGGGACUCAACCCUAAUUAAUAUUAAGCUUGACUCGGUAUUAUGCAUAAAAAACCUCAAUUUGUUUUUUGGUUUGUGUACAUUAUUGGUAUGUUUUAGUAGGUUCUUUCCUAUGAAGAAUUUACUUGUACACCAUCUGUGUGCUGAUAAGUGGUGUUUAUGGAGAAAGAAUGGUGUGACCAAAAGCAGGAUACAAGUGUUACAGUUGAAUUAUUGUAGCAUUGACAUACAUGGUUUAAUAAAAUUGAUUGGAAAAUUAGUUGGUC